CCAAAAGUCAAACAAACUUCCGAAUUGUCAGAGCUUAGCCAAAAAAAAAUGUCAAGAAUGAUUCUAUGCGAUGGAUCUCUUACCAUUAUUUGCGCAUUAUAUAAAGAACUGGAAUAUGAAAGGGAGAAGUCUAAAAUGAUGCAACGAGAGUUGGAGGUAAUCCAGAAAUUUAAUGGCAAACUGCUAAGCGUUUCAGGAAAGAUAAAGAAACAGCUGGAGGAUUCCAAACAACUGGAAGAAAAUCAAAAAAAUGAAAUUUUUGAGCUUAGAAGUGAAUCAGAAAAGAACAAAAAUGACAUAAACGUAAUGCUUGCUUACAGUGCGGCACUUUCACUAACUUUGAAAAUCCAAAUCGGAAAAGAGAUUAUGCUUUUGGCAGAAACCAGAGAGCUUAAGAAGACAUUGGAGGAGGAAAUAAACAAACAUGAAAAAGAACUGAAAUCUUUACAAAAAAAAUUUGAAGCACAAGAAAAUUAUCAUAUUAAAAUUUUAGAAGAAAGGUUAAAAAUCAUCGAAUUUAGAUUGGAGGGGGUUAUUAAUCAAGUUGAGAGGGCAGAAGGAACAAUAAAAUUCUCGCAUUCACUUCUAGUUUCUGCUACAUCUACUUCACUCCCUCCUCCACCUCCUCCACCACUGCCAACACUAACCCUUCCCAUGCCAAUAAGAAUAAUAAAAAGCUCUGCACUUAGCGAACAAAAUCAGGCGGGCACAAGUAGUGUGCAAAGUAAGGACUCAUCAAAAAUGGCAAAGAAAGGAUUGAAGGCGACCGUAAACGAUGACGUCAUUAAUGCCAUUAAGCAGGGAAAUUUUACUCUGAAGAAGACGAAAAAUAAGGAGGAAGAUAAAGAGAACGAACGCCCUAGAACGUCAGAAUUUUUAAGUGUUCGGUGCAAAUUGAAGCAGACACCGAAUAAGAGACAAAGCCAAUUGUUUGGUGAUGCUCUCUUGUAAAAUUCUAUUCACUUGUGAAUUCUUAGGUAAGGUUGUUUUUUAUUGAAUUAUUGUAUUUUGCCAUAUUUUACACUUGUUUUAUAUUAUAUACUUUUAACAUA